AUGGAUUUAGCUUGUACCAGGCCCGCUUAUACGACGGUUCUUAGAGGGAAUCGGGUCUCUAACCAGAAAUCCUCCGGUUCCGACGCCGAGACCUCACCACCUGUUUACCGCAUCUCCUAUGAAUUAAUUCAGAUAUCUCCUUUCCUAGUGCAGAAAUCUAUCUCCGCAACAGUUGGGGAAGUUGCAUCUGUUAAAAAAAUGAGAUCUGGUGACUUGCUUGUAGAGGUUAGUACUCGAAAUCAAGCCCAGAAUAUUCAAAAAGUGAAAGCUCUGGCCACGAUUCCUGUUAAUAUCAGCCCCCACACAUCAUUAAACACAUCUCAAGGCGUCAUUACUUGCGGUGAAAUAUUUAACCUCCCUUUAGACUACAUUCAAGAGGAGUUAAAACCACAAGGUGUAAUAAAAGUUCGCCGCAUUACCAUCCGGCGAGAAGGACAAAUACUGGAAACUAAGCAUCACAUCAUCACUUUUAAGUCGCCAAAACUGCCAGAUUUCAUAUAUGCAGGUUAUAUCAAGCUACCUGUCCGACCAUAUAUCCCAAACCCACUUAGAUGUUUCAAGUGCCAGCGUUUUGGGCACUCUAAAGCUAAUUGCCGCGGAACUGUUACUUGCGCCCGUUGCUCUGAAAAAGGGCAUGAAAGCCAACAAUGUUCUGCACCAGAGAAGUUCGUAAACUGCAAAGGUGAGCAUACUUCUUUCUCUCGGUUAUGCCCACGCUGGAAACUUGAAAAACAAAUUACCACUACAAAAAUUAAAGAGGAAAUCUCAUAUUCCGAAGCACGAAAGAAAGUACUUUUACAGACACCGUUACCUGGUGUAAGCUAUGCAUCCGUGGUCCAGAAAAAUUGUUGUGAAAACUGUACUAAGAAGACUUCACCUCGAGAAGUCUCCCAACCUAUGCCAGUCGCUAAUUUUAGCUCUUCGACCAUUAAAUCCAAAUUAGAUGAUAAAAUGGAUGAAGCCAACUCUAUGCUUGAAACUAUGUUCACAGAUAAACCCAACCAAAACACUGAUAGCGAAAUAGAAUCGGAUAAUGCAAUAGUAUAUAAUCCUCAUGAAACAAUUGAUGAAACACCACCUGCUCCGGAACAUUCUACCGAUUCCACCACAGUGGACAAAACUGUUUUUAGACAAAGUCUUCAAAAAAGUAUGGUUGAAUGGGUUGACCCAAAAAAAUUUUACAGUCAACCUUCAAAUACACCUAUUCACAAGAAAUACUUGAAGAAACAUCGAAUAAAAAGGUUACAAUGA